AUGGGUCCGGCCGUCCAGGCCAUCCUGUGGUGGCCGUUCCCGACAAGCGAGGAGCCAAACAAACUCUUCGUGUUGGAGGCAGGGGAUAGAAGGGCGGCUGCUUCCUGGUCCUCAGAAGGUGAAAAACUGACCCAUGCUGAGGCCAUGAACCUAGCUCCUUACAAGGGAGACGGUAAGCCAUCCUGUACGAAAGCCGUCAACUUAAUGUACAACGGCGCCACCAUACAUCUGAAGCAGGGCGGGUUCAUCCUCGUCAAUGGCAAGGAAGUAGACUCCUUACCAGUCAGCGUUGGCGAUAUUAGAAUACGAGCUGCUUCAUCACUGUUCCUCAUCAUCCAACUACCAAUCAAAGUUGACCUCUGGUGGGACGGAAACACUCGAGUGUUCGUGGACGUGCCACCGUCCUUCAAAGACAGUACUAAGGGUCUAUGUGGAACAUUUAAUUUGAAUCAAAAAGACGACUUCCUCACUCCCGAAGGGGAUGUGGAGCAGACAGCGCUGGCCUUCGCUAACAAGUGGAAGACGAGGGAGUUCUGUGAUGACGUGUCCACUAAGGAACCUGAACACCCGUGUAAGGCAAACAUGCAGAACAAGGACACCGCAGAGGCAUAUUGCAGCAAAUUGAAGAGUAAAAUAUUUGAAUCCGUUAUCACAGCUAUGCACGAUGCACAUACUGAAACCCAUCAAAAUAGAGGGACUAACGCGCCUCCCCCCCUCACAAAACCGCCGAGAGCAGCACUCGAGGUAGAGAGUCUAAUUAGCGGGGGCCUUCGCAGCGCAGAGUCAAUGGGUAGUUUUAUUGCCUCAGAGUUACAAUGUAAGGUGAGGUCAGGAGUACCCGGUGUGUGGUUACAGUUGUCUGAAAGGACAGUGCUGGGCGGAGACCUGGCUUAG